AUGGGCUCGGCUUGGCAUGACUGCCCAUUUGCAACUGAGCCUGAUCCAGAUAUCGCAGGGAUUGGAGUCAUAGCCGCUUUUAUCACUUCUUCAUGCCUGGCAACUCUCAGCAUAAGCCUCUACCUUGCCAUUACUCGAUCUGAGCUGGAUAUUAUCUCAGAUGGAGGUUUCAGGCCACCGGGUCAAAACACGCGGCCGAUCAAUCCAAUCGACGGCUGGGCACGGAGAAACAUUUGUGUUCCUUUCGUCGAGUUUCUUAUCAAGUCAAAAUGGAUAGAAGAGCAUAUUGAACGACUCAAUCGUGUCCUGUACUCUUUUAUCAUGACGCUCGUCGAUACACAACUGGUCCUGGGUAUCGCUAUGCUUAUUGCGGCAACCAUCAAGCUGCACCGCAACAGCAUAUCUGUCUAUCAUUUUACAAUGGUCACCAAUCUCGCAUGGCUCACCAGUGGUGUGCAUUUGAUGGCCACUUAUGUCAUCCGUAUUGAAACCAACGGAAGCAUGAAACAAGGUCGUCGAUGGAUCGGACCUUUUCAGGACCCAUCAGAUCACAGGUCCUGGAGCAGAAAGACUGGUUCAACAUUCGCUCUGGGGGCAGACAUGUUUAUCCGCGUUCUUAGCAUGCUUCUGAUGGUUGCAUUGCUGUUGUAUUGUAUAUAUGUCAGUGGGUCAGAAGGGUGGGAUUACAAUUAUGACCGUCUGGCAAGUUGUGCUAUGGGACGAAAGAAAGCAGGAACACCGUUGGCUUGGAUGAUCGCAACUUAUGUCUUGGUUCUCCAUGGGUAUAUAAUUAGAUGCUUGUCACUCUGGCCAGCAGCUUCAAUAUGGUGGAUAGACACGGUAAGACCCUCGAUCAUCGAUGACAGAGCCUUGGAAGCCCAACUCAGUAAGAAGAGAUUACCCUGGUGGAGAUUGAUAUGGACUUCAAUCCAUUAUGCGAUCAAUUCGGAAUUGCUCGGUGUCUGUAUCGAUGGGCUCCUGUGGUUUGGCCUUGGUAUUUGGUGGAUUCAAGCAGAUAGGGUGGAAGUACAAAAGUGGGUAGGAAUGGAAGCAGAGAGUGAUGUUGAAGGAUUCGGUCAAUUAGUCCCGAUUCUGAUCGUCGGGGCUCCAUUCGUACAGGCACUGCAGACAUAUUGCGAGCAGUCGAGAACUGCCCGUCGAGAACGACAAAGGUCCAAUGCGGAGCGAGGGGAGACCUUAAGGCUGGUCCUCUGUGUGGGUGGUCACACCAUUUAG